UAAAAACAUCCUGAAAAUAACGGUCGGUUGACAGACUGCGGCAGUAGAGGGGAAGCGGGUUCAUAUAUAAUCGUUCUCUCCGAGGAAUACAAAUUCUGAAAUUCCCCAAAAUAAACCAUGGCUGAGGGCGAUAAUAAAAGUGCAAAUCUGUUGGCUCAGGAGACCAGUCAGCUGGAAGAGCAGCUGCAAGGAUGGGGAGAGGUCAUCCUGGCUGGAGAUCAGUUCCUGCGCUGGGAGAAGCCGUGGUACCCUGCAGCAUUAGUGGCUGCCACCACAAUCCUCUUCACGCUGAUCUACUACUUGGACCCCUCUGUGCUUACUGGUCUGUCCUGCAGUGUCAUGAUCCUGUGCCUGGCUGAUUACCUGGUGCCCACUCUUGCGCCCCGUGUCUUUGGUUCUAACAAAUGGACCACAGAACAGCAGCAGCGUUUCCAUGAGAUCUGUGGGAACCUUGUGAAAACUCAGCGCCGUGUGCUUGGCUGGUGGAAACGUCUGUUUGCCCUGAAGGAAGAAAAGCCAAAAAUGUAUUUCCUCUCUGUGAUCAGCAGUCUUGUGGCUGUGGCUUGGAUCGGACAACAAGUGCAUAACCUCUUCCUUACUUACCUGAUCGUGAGUUUCCUUCUGCUUUUGCCUGGCCUCAACCAGCAUGGCAUCAUCACCAAGUAUGCUGGCAUGGUGAAGAGAGAGAUCAACAAACUUCUCAAGCAGAAAGAGAAGAAGAAUGAGUAAAAGAAAAGGCUCAAGUAAAAAGUUAAAUUCGGACAAAUUUAAGAGUUUAACAUGGUCCUCUCCCCCAUGCUUACAGUCAAAUCUCUGAAGACCAAUGUGAAGCUUUUGCAGAUACUGAGCUGAUAGUGAAAAGUAACAUCUAGUAAACAGCUUAAAUUUAUGCUGAAAUCUCUUGAGGUUCAUGUGUAAUUCUUUCCGGGUUUUAGGUCUCAUUUCAAAUUAUACGUUUGUUUGCCAUCAGAAGUAUUUUUUUUCCAACACUGAAAUGUUCAUUGUCUCGCAUCUAUGAUUAUUUGCAUGUCAUAGUAAAUGUUAAGUCUGUGCAAAAUAUAAAGAUCGCUUAAUUUCUUCCAAUCAGUGAAGCAACCACCGAACAUUUACUUUAACCAAUUAGAUGCACAGAACGCAUCAUCAGAAGUCUUGAAAUGUAGCCUUUUCUUCUUUGGAUUGGCUUGGAAACAUGCAUUUCUGCACUGUUCUGAAACUUGCACUGGAAAACAGAACUGGAGUAUUCGUGUAGGGGAUUUUAGACCCUUACUGCUGUACUAGUGCUGUGUGGACCUCAUUACUGUCCUCUAGCACUAGCCACUUCCUAAUCCAACACCUGUUUCUGGGCUGUGUGUGUGUGUAUAUAUAUAUAUAUAUAUGUUCAUUUUUUUUCUUUGUAUUUCUUUGGCUUGUUUUAAGUUUGUCUUCUCUACUUGUUCUUUUAAUUGUCAUUUUGUGUUUGAGUGUGUUCAUCACAACAAUAAACUUAUUCAAAACUCA